AACCAAUAAACCCAGAAAUGGGGCUCAAAAUCUCCUUCGGGAGAGCAUAGAAUUCCUUCGGGAAGCAAACAAACCCAGAAAUGGGGCUCAAAAUGUGCUUCGGCACACUGAAUAUUCCCUUCGGGGAACUAGUAUAUAAUGAUCGAAGUAAUCUUGUUGACGAAUUCACCUCAAAAACUAGUAAUAACAGUAUAACAAAUGCAUUUGAGAAAACUAUGCCUAGUAUUGAAAACAAACAUGAUAAUAAUAAACAUGCAUCUUGUCCAUCUAUCAAGAUCUCCAAGUGUAUAGAAAAUCAUAGACAUUCUCGAAUAUGUUCAAAGCAACUAAAUCACAAAUGUAGAGAUAGAGAACCAUCUAGAAUAUCCCUAAAAAAAGUUAUGAGAUUGCUCAGAUAUAGAAAGUUAAGAAAAAGACACAAAAAGAUGAUUAUUAAGGGCACACCUGUUUCAUCUGUUUUUUACAGAAUUGCUACAAACUAUAACUAUUGGAAAUUGAAAUACAUUAACAGACUUAAUAGUUUCUAUAGCUCCUUUUUUAGAGCAACUUGUAAAACAUCAGUGAGGUAUAAUGGAUGUAAACAAACUCUUUUAUUGUCUGGGGACAUUGAAUUGAAUCCUGGUCCUGUAACUGAUAAUAAUAAUAUUGAAGAUAUAUGUUUAUAUAGUAAUGGUGACUUUACGUUAAGAUACCGAAUGCUUCGACAUGGUUUAACACCACUAGAUGUUGGUGGAGGAGGUGAUUGCUUUUUCAAAUCAGUAUCACAUCAGCUAUAUGGUAAUUCAAAUAAACAUGCAGAAAUUAGAGCUUUAGGAGUGAGAUAUUUAAAGGACAAUCCUGAACGAUUUAUUGAAAGUAUCAUAGAUUCAUCUUGGUCACAGUAUUUAACUAAUAUGUCUCUACAAGGAACAUGGGCCAAUCAUAUUAUAAUACAGGCUGUUGCUGAUGCAAUGAGUUUAAAGAUUCAUAUUAUAGAAUCAGAUUCAAAUAUUAGGGAAGUCACAUUAGUUGAGCCAGCAAAUACAAUAAUAAAUAAUAUUAGAACAAUAUACAUAGGACAUAUUGGUCAAGUGCACUACGUAUCUGUUAUAAUAUUAUUUGUUUUGGGCCCCCUGUGGCCCCUUAUUUAUCUUAUGGGCCCCCCGAGGAUAGGGCUCCUCGUUGUCUUAUGUUGUAGUUUUUCACUCGGUAGAUUUGAUUUUGUAGAGCUUUAUUGUACAAAAAACAACCGAAUUUUGAAGUGAACACCUUUUAUUACAUGGUGUCAGAAGUGGUUAACCACUGGAGAAUAUUAAUUGUUAAAGAAAAGUCGACAAAACAAGGAAACGAUGGCCGAAAGUGGGGAAAUGUAUCAUCGAGCUCCGGGACCUUUGGUGUUGGAUGCGAAUGCAUCAGAAAAUUGGAGAAAGUUCCUAAUGCAGUUCGAAAUUUACUUGGUUGCAAAAGGAAAGGACGACAAGGGAGAUAAGUUAAAAGUUAAUUUGUUACUUAACUGUGCUGGACCGAGUGCAAUUGAAGAGUAUAGCCACUUUGUGUAUACUGCAGGCGAGAGUAAUGAAUCUUAUGGUGAUGUGUGCCGAAAGUUCCAUGAACUUUGUCGAGGAGCUAAGAAUGUCAUUUAUGAGCGACUGCUCUUCAAUCUUAGAAACCAAAAGGAGGGUGAACGAAUUGACAACUUUGUUAGUGAGCUAAAACGGCUUUCAUUAAACUGUGACUUUGGAGCACUUAGAGAUUCAUUGAUACGAGACCGUAUUGUGGGGGGAGUAACCAGCGAUGAAUUGCGAGGGGAGUUGUUGAAAAAGCCAGACCUUACCCUACAAACCGCGCAUGAUUACUGCAGAACUUAUGAGGCGACUGAGCUGCAGAAGUAUAAGUUUGUUCCACAGACAGUAGUCCCAAGUAAAACAGUGUCUGUGCAACCAGUCCAAGUUAAGAAAGAACAGCCGUCUUGUAAGUUCUGUGGAUAUCGCCAUUCAUUUGCACACCCAACACGAUGCCCAGCCUUUAAAAGGAAUUGCAAGAUUUGUAGCAAAACAGGCCAUUUUGCAAAGAUGUGUAAAAACAAACAGAAAAAAGAUCCAGAAGUGCAUGUGGUGGAACAGGAGUAUGACUCAAGUGACAGCAACGAAACCCACACAUACUUUGGAUCCAUUGAAGUCGGAAGCGUGUUACAGAACCAGCAACCCAAAAAGAGCCUGAUAAAAGUCAUGAUAGCAGGAAAAGAGGUCAAACUGAAAGCAGACACGGGUGCGGAGGCUACUGUCAUCCCCUACAACUUGUACAAGAGCAUCACCAACAAGCCGUUGAAACGUGUACACCAGCCUUUGAAGGGCUGGCUUGCGACUAAGCCCAUCUACCCUUAAGGAUGUGUCCGCCUUCCAACACAGUACAAAGAUCGAAAGAUAGAUCUGUUAUAUCUUGUAGUUGAUGGAGAGUUCACCCCACUACUAAGUUGUGAGGCUUGCCUUGAUCUUGAAGUCCUACAGUUCAUGGAUCUCACAUUGCUAGAUUCACCAUCAGCACAAACAUCAAACAUCGACUUGUCCAGAGAACAAAGCAAAAGUACCACAACCCUCACAAGUGACCCUGUUCUGAAAGAUUACCUUGAUUGCUUCAGUAACAAACCAGGAAUGUUACCCAACAAAGUACACCUAGAGGUAGACUCUGCAGUAACUCCAGUUAUACACGCACCCAGAAAGAUCCCAGUAUCCAUGUUAGACCCAACUCAACAGAAGCUGAGAGAGAUGGAAGAAGAUGGGAUCAUUGUUAAAGAAGAAGAACAUACCCCUUGGGUCUCUUCGAUGUUAGUAAUCGAUAAACGAAAAGGCAAAGAAAAGAAAAGCCCCGAUCGUACUUAUUAGGAGAUGAGCGUGGGCGUGUCUUCAGGAGAAAUCGACGACAAAUCAUUUCAACACCUAAUGAUCAAUCGAUGAGCACAAGUCCUUUUGUUAUACCAGCCAUUCCUCAACUACCACCAGAAAGUACCAACAACCCCACACAGUUAAGCAAUAAUGUGACAGCAUCGCCUACACCACCAAAGUCUUCUGAGAGGCAACACGAGACGACACCGAUGAGCACAGCAUCUGGCAGGGUUAUCAAAAAAACCACAAAGACUUAUUGAACAUUGUUAAGAACAUUUAUUGAACACUUAACCUAACACUUUGUUGAGAAGGGAGAUGUUAUAAUAUUAUUUGUUUUGGGCCCCCUGUGGCCCCUUAUUUAUCUUAUGGGCCCCCCGAGGAUAGGGCUCCUCGUUGUCUUAUGUUGUCUUAUGUUGUAGUUUUUCACUCGGUAGAUUUGAUUUUGUAGAGCUUUAUUGUACAAAAAACAACCGAAUUUUGAAGUAAACACCUUUUAUUACAUAUAUGGGGGGGCCCAUAAGAUAAAUAAGGGGCCACAGGGGGCCCAAAACAAAUAAUAUUAUAACAGUAUCAACAUGUUCUGUUUCACAUCAACAAAGUUCGAACAAUAUUGACAGGGAAAAUACAAUUUCGAGUCGUCCAGAAAAAAGAAAGCAAGCAAGUACAAGCAAAAGUUCUAAUUCAAAUGAAACAAAAAAGCAAGACAGGGCUACCUACAUUAGGCAAUACAUGAAGGAAUACAGGCAAUCCAAACAAAAUAAUACUUCACCAGAAAAAAAAUCAAAGAGAAAUGAAUACCAAAGAAAUUAUAGAGAAAUGAAUGCAUCACCAGAAAAGAAAUUAAAGUGUAAUGAAUACCUAAGAAAAUAUAGAGAAAUUAAUUCAUCACCAGAAAAGAAAUUAAAGUGUAAUGAAUACCUAAGAAAAUAUAGAGAAAUGAAUGCAUCACCA